AGUUAAGAGUAUAAAAGACCAGCCCCAGCCCCACAGAGCUUAUUCACUCUCUCACGCUCGCCACGUUCAGGACUUCUAGCCGUUUUCCGGGAGCACCUGUGAGAAACCUUCUGAGACAUGGCAUCGGCUGGCUUCCAGAUUUUGGGCAUCGCCCUGGGCAUCAUUGGCUGGAUUGGAGCCAUCGUCACCUGCAUUCUUCCUCAGUGGAGAGUCACGGCCUUCAUUGGGCAGAACAUUGUGACGGCUCAAACCACAUGGUCGGGCAUCUGGAUGGAGUGUGUGGUCCAGAGCACGGGCCAGAUGCAGUGCAAGGUGUAUGACUCCAUGCUGGCUCUCUCGUCGGACCUCCAGGCGGCUCGUGCGCUCACCGUCGUCUCCAUUCUGGUCGGCGUCAUCGGCAUCCUUCUAGCCAUCGCAGGAGGAAAGUGCACCAACUGCAUCGAGGAUGAAAGCUCCAAAGCUAAGGUCUGCAUAGCGGCUGGAGCCAUCUUCAUCAUAGCGGGAAUCCUCUGCCUCACUCCUGUUUGCUGGACAGCAAGCGCCAUCAUUCGGGAUUUCUACAACCCAAUGUUGACGAGCUCGCAGAAGAUGGAGCUGGGAGCGGGAUUAAAGAUGGUUUCUCAGGGGAUUCAGAUGACGGGCAUCCUGCUGGCCUCCAUCGGCUCUCUCCUGGACAUCAUAGUCUGUGCCUUACCCAUGUGGAAGGUCACGGCUUUCAUCGGAGCCAACAUCAUCACCGCACAGGUCAUCUGGCAGGGCCUGUGGAUGGACUGUGUGGUACAAAGUACGGGCCAGAUGCAGUGCAAAGUGUACGACUCCAUGCUGGCUCUGCAACAGGACCUGCAGGCGGCUCGCGCCAUGAUCAUCAUCUCCAUCAUCCUUGGGGUCUUUGGCGUCGUCAUGUCCAUCGCUGGUGGGAAAUGCACCAACUGCAUCGAGGAUGAGGCAUCCAAGUCGAAGGCCAGCAUUGUUUCUGGGAGCUUGUUCAUCAUCUCGGGUUUUCUCGUCCUCAUCCCAGUCUGCUGGUCGGCCCACACCAUCAUCACCAACUUCUACAACCCACUGCUGCUGGAUACGCAGAGGUAUGAGAUCGGAGCGGCGCUGUACAUCGGCUGGGCCGCUACUGCCCUUCUGUUGAUGGGAGGGGGGCUGCUGUGCUGGAACUGCCCCCCCGAUCAAAACCAACACUACGUUAGGAAAUUCACCCCCGUGAAGUCUGCCUCCACUACCAGAGAAUACGUAUAAACUGCUGUCAGGUUCCUGCACGGACUCUGAGAGUCGAUAAGAAACCAGGAGGGCUUCAAACCCCCACCGACCUUUUUUUUUUUACUGAACAGAAUUUUCAUCGGAAAAACAAAUCAGGUUUUCCAGGAGGAAUUUACAAAUGAAUGAAAUCAAGCCUAAAACAUUUCUUCUUACAAAACGAGUAGUUAUUUAAGGUAUUUUACCAUCGUACACAUAGAAAAACCUCUUCUUCUCUAACAUUUCACACAAAUAUCUCUUGAUUGAUAAGAUUCUGUUUUUAUGAUUACAACAUUUUGGGUAAAUAUUCGAACUUUCAUGUCAUAAACUAUGUAAAUAAACUCUACAAUAACUGGA